AUGUCAUUUUGCACUUGUGGCUUGCAGAAUGUCGGGGAGCCGCAGAGGGUCUCAGCGCCGAGACGAUUACCGAAGACAACCGUCGCUAGCUUGGCAGAGGAGACUAAGUUGACUCCACAAGAGGUGGAGGCCCUGUAUGACAGGUUUCUCAAGGUGGCUCCAAGUGGGCGUAUGAUGGAGGAGGACUUCCGUAAUACGUUGGGGAUACUAGGGUUGGGUUCGAGCAGCUUCAUCCCUCUACGGAUGUUCGCAGCAUUUGAUACCGACGGCGAUGGGACACUCACGUUCAAGGAGUUCGUCAACAGUCUUGCUGUCAUGCUUAGAGGCACCGACUAUGAGAAGCUGAGCUUGAGCUUCCGUAUGGCGGACGUUGGGGGUCAUGGUGGACUUACCUACAACGAGUUUAGGGAUAUGAUAAUGGCGUGCCACUCUGUGACGAACCUGUUUGAAAAGGAGGAGACUAGAGAGGAGAGGCGGCUGGUCAGUGAGAGGCGUAUAAGACGGUAG